AGGAGGAACACACUCCUCUCUGUGCUGCCAAGCGCCCCUGCACAACACGGGAGGGAACAAGCACCGGACUGGUUGUUUUGGACGGAGAGAGAAAAAGGAAAAUAACUCAAUUCGAAGGAUAUUAAAUCUUUUUUUUAAUUUUCUUUUAUUUUUUUACCGCCAUUCUGUGAGGAGUUCCUGUUUUCUCGCCGCGUGCCGUCCUGGCUGCGCACUGGCCUAUCAUGUGUCUUGUCUUUAUCAGUGAUAUUAAACUCUGAGUGUCACGUUUCCUUUUAGCUGGGAUGUAGCGGAUGGCAAAGCCUCUCAAACCCGCCUUAUAGUCUCCGUUUCUUUCGGCGUGAAUAAGGUGACAUUUAUCAAAGGUAAACUACGUUGUGAACGGCCGAUGUCGGUUUAUGGAAAGUGAACCACUUCUCUGAAAGUCUAUUGACUUUUUAACAUUGAUGGUGGGUUGUCUUAUGAUGACCCCCGUCUGGUGGUCAUAGUUGACACUUUUUAUUUCCCACCACAUCACUGCCCCUCACCCCAAUGAUGACUAUGAGCUCUAUAUCGGACACUUUAGUCCCGCCUGAUCCGUCCAAAUCGGCGUUUUUGGAGUUCGGCGGCCACGGUUACCCCGGACACCAGCAGCCCUCCCCCGGUCUGUCCCACAACCAUUACCCGGUCCACGGUCUGCACGCCGUCGGGCCCUCGCAGCACGACGGGCCCUUCUCCUCCGGCGCAUCAUCGUACGGUCGUCCUCUGGGAUACCCGUCCUAUCACAGCCCCGUGAGCGCGCACCACCCCGGGGCCUACCUGCCCUACCAGCACGGGGGUCACGGCGGGGCGCUCGGACAUACCAGACUGGAGGAUGCUGAGCACGAGAAGCCCACAGCGGUGAUAGAGAACGGGGAGGUGAGGCUGAACGGGAAAGGGAAGAAGAUCCGGAAGCCUCGGACCAUUUACUCCAGCCUGCAGCUCCAGGCGCUCAACCAGCGCUUCCAGCAGACCCAGUACCUCGCCCUGCCUGAGAGGGCUGACCUGGCGGCCAAACUGGGCCUGACGCAGACCCAGGUAAAGAUAUGGUUCCAGAACAAACGGUCCAAAUACAAGAAGAUCAUGAAGAAUGGGCCCUGUGGACCAGAAGGAGACCACCUCGCCCCACCUCCACCAUCUUCCUCUUCGCCAUGCUCCCUGUGGGACAUCAGCAUGGCCGCCAAAGGCGCGCCAGUGCACUCUGGAGGAUACAUGAACAAUUUUGCUCACUGGUACCCUGGACACCAGCAGGACUCCAUGCCGAGGACUCAGAUGAUGUGACCAACAGGAAGGCGCAACACUUCCAGGACAAAUAGUGGAUUUAUACUAGUAAGCUGACUGGAGCUGUUAGAGACAUGGACAUUGUCAUGAGUUUGAGCUGCUCUGGAGGCAAAAAUAAUGUAACUGGCAGAGAUACAUUGCAGGGAACAGAUAGGUUACUUCAAGCUGAAAAAAGCAAGGGAAAAACUUCAUAUAAUAUUAAAAACUACAGACAAUGAUUAUUAAAAAUUUCAUAUAAAACAUUAGAUGGAAUUUACUUUGUUUCUAGCAUCCACAAAACAUGUCAUCGGGACUGUAACCAUAUCAACCAAUCAGAGGCAGAUUAGUGCCAGUCUUUACACAAUGCAGGUGAGAAAAGAAUCAAGGACUCUAGCCCCAACAGUUUGAACAGUCAGUCUAGCAGACCUUCCAAUCACAAAUAAAUCAUGCUAACUGUGCUUUUGCUGUGUAAGGCUAGUUAAAAGUCCUAAGUUCCACAAAACAGAAAUUAUGGAUGUUUAUUACUAGUCUAUUAUUGUUCUAUUUUUCACUGUUUUUUGCCAAUUAACUUAGUGUGUAUCUUCUUCACUGUCUCCACAUAUUAAGGUUCAAUAUCAGAGCCUCAGUUCCAGUCAGUCACAUGACAAUGCUAAAUGCCAAAAUGUGGCCUAGCUUUACAGCAGCAAUAGAAUGGAGUAAGAAAGUUAGUGAACGCUCAGCAAUGCCCUUCACGCAGCUUUUCCAAAGUUGGUGAACCUUAGCUAACAUUAGCCGUCAUAAGCUACUGGUCAUCCUGACUAUGUAAGGCUGUAGCAGAGUCUACCAAGUGGUUACUGAAUGUCCUUUUGCUCAUGAACUCAACAUUUCAUUUGUAAGAGGAAUAAUAUGUUGGGUUUUUUUUCAAGAGCUCAUUUAGUCUCAUUUAUAUGCAGCCAGUCAAGUUAUUUCUGUCUCCAGAGAAGCUCUGCCUGCCAAGACAUUUAUGAUAAAGCUAAAAGUCAAAACUAAAGCCAGCCCCACCUCUGUGCUUCUGGACAUUGCAGGGUUUUGCCUUUUCAGGGGGUUAUACGGUGGGGCAGGUACACGUGUAAAAAGAAGGAUUCUUCAGGGUUUCUUCAUUGCUCUCCUUUAUGGAAAUUUAUUGAUUUAAAGGAACCUUUGGUUUGCUAACAUAAAAAACUGAUUGAAUUAAAGAACUAAAGAAAAGAAGAGAACCAUUAUGUUUAUUCUAUAAAUUCUGGUGUAGCACUAUAAUGAUUCCGUGACCUUAAAAGACCCAUUUUUACCUUAAAAGAGACAUUAUGAAAUGGUUAAUUACAGUACCAACAGGGGCUAUGAUAAGAUAUAUGAACAACCAGCCAUUUCAUGGAAGCCUACUUAUAAUCCCCCUUUUUAAGAGUAUAUGGGAAAUAGGCACUGAAUGGCUAUUCAUGGCUACUUCACUGUAUGAGUCAAAUUUUAUAUGUAUAUAUUUUUCCAUAACAAUAAAAGAUUUAAAAUGUUUGAAAGAUCAAGCCAAAAUCAA